AAUUCAAAAUUGUUCGAUGAGAUCAAUAACAACACUGCAAUGUUAAGAAAUCUGGUCAAGAGUCUUACCACCUGUUCGAUUACAAAAUACAAGCCAUUUUAUUUAUCCAACGUCAAAUACUUUGGCAGCGGUAAGCCGCCCUCGAACCAUGAUAAUAAUUCACCGCUUGAGUGCCCGGAAACGAAAACCGAAAUUUGCCAGCCGCUCUCGAAGCGGCAAUGCAGUCCAACAGAUCCACCAGUGCGGCCAUGCAAUGAACAGGAUUGUUCACCUAAUCCGCAAUAUUCCUGCUGCCGAGAUGCGAAUAUAGCGAAGAAUAUUUGUGAGAUGCCCGUUAAGGCCAAGCCAAAGCCCAAACAGUUCGUCUCCAUGUGGCCACAGCCAAUAAAAGGGAAGCCCAUGGAGUAUACGAUGUGGAACUAUCCGCCCGAGUGUUGCCCCACAUGCCCAGAUGUGCCCUUCGACGCAAUGUAUUAUCGUCCGUCGGACAAGUGUCGGCAGUUUCAGCGCACCUGGUCGGAAUGCUGUCCAAGGAUGGUGCCCAAGCGUAUUUGCUGCUGGUGCGAUGCCAUUCCGCCCGAGGUAUCGCGUCGCUGCCUGCCCCUAUGUCCACGCACCGCCUGCACGCCGACACAUGAGAAGAAGCGUAUGGAAUGUGAGAACAGGAUGUCAACGGGUUGCCCCCGUAUCACGAUGCCCUGCUGUCGAGCCGCCCGCGUUCCGGGCAAAUGCCAUCUGACUCGGCAACGUACCUUUUGUGAGAAGGUUAAGUGCCCCUUUCCCAGCUAUUCGGAAUGCGAUCGCAUGGAGCCAGCUGUUAUCAUGGAACGUCCGCCCGAAUGCCGUUGUUUCCAAGUUGUUAGCGCAUGCGAUGCUAACCGCCAUCGGUUUGGACCUUAUUGGUGCCCCUCAAUUAAAUGCGUUGAUCCGUUUAAACUAUAAUGUUAAUUUCAAGAGCUCAUGCUGUUUAUGCAAUAUAGUUUUAAACGUUUUAAACCAUUUUCCAAAGCGGCAAACAAAGAAUAUCGAUAUACAACUCUUCUUCCAGUAUUUUCAAUAGAAAUGUGCAAAACAGAGAAAAUAACACUAUUAUGUAUUUGAGACAAGCCUUUUGAUAACAUGACAAUGAAUCUAUACUCUGACAUUAACUCCAGCUCAAAAGAAAUAGCCAAAUAAAUCUU